GAUAAGCAGAUAAACAGAGAUGGGAACAGAAAUGAAAAGCCUAUUUCCUAAGUGUAAUUAAUUAAUUUCGGUGGCUGUGACUGUGACUGCGCCCGACUGCAUCAGCAUAUUUGCAUGGCAUCCGACAUCCAGCCGCAUCCAUUCGAAUCAGUUUAUCCAACGCUCUGUCGUCGGGAGCACGUUCAAAAAAAGCCAAACGGAAUAAUUCAAAAAUUGUCCGACUUACGGAAAAUAUUAUUUCAAACUGGACCACAUUUUCGAGGACUGUCAUCGGCAGCAGUUUCACAAAAUGUCACAUGGCGAGCGGAAAGGCCGCCUCAAUGUGGUCAAGUUUCUGGAAUUGGGGUUUGCAGUAGCGUGUCUUGUGCUUCAUUUCUACAGCUUUAAUGAUCGGGAUAUAAUGACAUCGUUUUUGGCCACUGGCACCUUUACGGGCUAUAUAAUCGUGGUCAUCGGGGUCUUUGCAGGUGUUCUGAUGCGGGCCCCCAUUCACAAGCGCAUCGAUAUAUUCUUCAGUGUACUGGGCUGCACUUUGUUCGUGGCCAGCGGUGUGUUUAUCAUCGAAGCCUGGGAGUUCUCCUUCCGGACCCGAACUCGGGAUCUCGCACUUAUCAAGGCCUCACUGUCGAUCGUCAAUGGGGUGCUGUUCGGAUUCGAUGCCGUCUUCACAUUUCGCGACAAGUGAUUCAUUUUCAGCUGGAAACCACUUCGU